GUUUAGCUUUAGCAGUUUUGCUGUUUUUCAGUUGAUGAGUGUGUAGUAAUCGCAAUACAUUCAGUAGUAUGGGUCGCUUUGAUAUAUCUCUGCUCAAGUACAUGACUUCGGAGCAGUUCCGAGUUCUAACUGCUGUGGAACUGGGAAUGCGCAACCACGACUUGGUCCCACAUCGUCUAGUGGCAGUCAUCGUCAACCUCAGACAUGGAGGAGCUCACAAAAUGUUGCGGGACCUGGCCAAGAACAGACUGGUGGCUUACGAGACGUGGCGCAAUGUCCAGGGCUACAGACUCACUAAUCUGGGCUAUGAUUUCCUAGCGUUGAGGUCUCUCGCUAGUAGAGAUAUAUUGUCAAGUGUGGGAAACCAGAUCGGUGUGGGAAAGGAGUCGGAUAUCUAUCUGGCACUGGACGGAAACGGAGAGGAGUGUGUGAUCAAAUUGCACCGACUGGGUCGCACUUCGUUCCGCAAAGUUAAGGAAAAGCGGGACUACCAGAAGAGGGGACGGAAGGUGAGUUGGAUCUACCUGUCGAGACUGGCUGCCACCAAGGAGUUCGCAUUCAUGUCUGCCUUGCACAAAAAUGACUUCCCCGUGCCCAAUCCGAUAGACACUUGCAGACACGUGGUCGUCAUGGGACUCUGUCCGGGCUAUGUACUCAACCAGGUGUACAAACUUGCUGACCCAGCUCGAGUGUUCACUGAGUUGAUGAAUGUGCUAAUCAGGCUAGCUUCAGUGGGACUCAUUCACGGAGACUUGAACGAGUUCAACGUCAUGCUCUCUGAAGACUACAAAGUGUCCGUCAUCGAUUUCCCUCAGAUGAUCUCAACCUCACACAUAAACGCAGAGACACUGUUCAACCGAGACAAAUACUGCCUCACCACUUUUUUCAAACGAAGAUACGAUUUUGUGCCCGAGGGAGACUUGCCGACUCUAGCCGAAAUUGAAAAGUUGAGCAGUUUAGACGAAGAUGUGAAAGCUAGCGGGUUUUCGGCCGAAGUUGAGGACGAGUGCAAUGAGUUGCUAACAGCCAAUCAGAAUCGAGAUAGCGACGAGAGCAGUUGUAGCGAAUCAGAAAAUGAUUCAAACAGUGGUUCUGAUUCGUCUCAAAAAAGACAAAAUGCACUAGAAACGGUCUCAGAAACCCCAGUGAAUGAAACUGAAGUAAUUAAUAGCGAAAAUGAUGUCAUAAUAACUGAACAUAUAAAUGAAAAGGAAGGCAGGAAAAUCAGUGAAAUCUCCGAGAACCGAGCCUCUGCGGAAGUUGUUGAAAAAAUUACAUCCGCAGACGUUGACCAACAACAAUUAGAAGCUGAGCUAGAAGAAAAUUAUGAACGAAUUUAUCCUAACACAUCAGAUAAAGCGCGUGACUUAAAUGAGGAAGUGGGCAGAGAUUUGAUGUCUAGGUUGAGGUUGGACAGCGAAUCUGGGUCCAUAGGUCAAAGGUCUAAUCGGUCCAAAGCAAGUUCAGCUUAUGUGUCGACCACGAUUCCACCCAGUGUAAUAAAGCAGAGAUUGCAGCGCCAAAGUGCAAAACAGUCUAAAAGGGAUCAGUGUAGAAAAGCUGUGAAGCACGGAGAGGCGAGUCUGAAGACUAAGAAGAAACAAGAAACUAGUGAUGACAUUAAGACUUCUGUAUCGGCUGUCUGGUUUUGAUUCAUUUGCUUUAAUGCCCCCCCCCCCCUCCCGUACCGUCUGAAUUCAAAUU